AAAAAGGGUCACCGAGCUCUCAGCACCUUGUCUUUUGGUUAGAUCUCAUUUCCCUCCCAUUUCUCCUUCCUUUCUCUCUCCACAACUUUCUCUCUCUAACAUUCACUUCUAUACGAGCUUCUUCUUUCGCAGAUAAUUACUUUAAAACACAAUUUAGUUGGCACUCAUGGGGACUGCUGUUGAUGUUGCGAAGGAAACAAAUGGGAGCUUGCUAACUAAGAAGGUUACAGUUGUUUUUGUCUUGGGUGGCCCAGGCAGUGGAAAGGGCACCCAAUGUACAAAUAUUGUUGAACACUUUGGGUACACCCAUCUCAGUGCUGGAGAUCUUCUCCGAGCAGAAAUUAAAUCCGGUUCUGAAAAUGGGACCAUGAUUCAGAACAUGAUUAAGGAGGGAAAGAUUGUCCCUUCGGAAGUAACAAUUAAGCUUCUCCAACGAGCAAUGCAGGAAAAUGGUAAUGACAAAUUUCUUAUUGAUGGCUUUCCUCGUAACGAGGAAAACCGUGCAGCCUUUGAGUCUGUUACUGGAAUUGCACCAGAGUUUGUCCUGUUUUUCGAUUGCUCAGAGGAAGAGAUGGAGAAGCGCCUUCUGGGGCGAAACCAGGGAAGGGCAGAUGAUAACAUUGAAACAAUAAGGAAGCGAUUCAAUGUUUACAUGGAAUCUAGUCUCCCUGUGAUCGAGUAUUACAACUCUAAGGGGAAGGUUCGCAAGAUUGAUGCUGCAAAGCCUAUUGCAGAGGUAUUUGAAGCAGUUAGAGCCGUUUUCACCCCCACCAAAUGAGAAGGUGGUUCUUUACUUCGCACACCUUGUACUUUGUCAGCAGCUUUCAUGGAACCAGUCCGGUCCUGUGUUUAGUUACUUAUCAUAGAAUGUUACAGUUUAUUAUUAUUAUAGUUAUUAUUUGAUAAACAACGUUACAUUUUAAUGUAACUGAGGUAUUGUUACUUAUCAUAGAAUGUUACAGUUUAUUAUUAUUAUAGGUUAUUAUUUGAUAAACAAAGUUACAUUUUAAUGUAACUGAGGUAAUUUUACCUCUGCACUCUUAUUAUUGUGAUUGAAUUUGAAUAAUAAGAUUUAUACUUCAAAUUAUGCUC